AUGUCACAUCUCAGUGGCAGCAAAGUCAAAAAUAGGAUCCUGGUCUCUACCUCGCGCUUCGGCUGGACUAGCUCAUGGACGGUGUCUUGGGCUCCAGGCCCUCCAACGGCAUCCGGAGAAGAGUCUGCUUCUCAGAACGCUGGGGAGGCAGCAAGGAAAGACAGUCCACACAGCCCAGGCUGUUUCACAGUCCUGCUUAGGGGGCCCACGGUCUACACAGGCCUGGACCGUCCGACCGCGGGCCUGGCUGCACACCCUCCGUCGCAGCACCCGUCCUCGCUGCUCCAGGCUUGUUCCCCGUGUCGGCUUUUGGGCGGCUGUCACCUGGUCCUCACAGGGCUUGUGAGAUUUGGAGGUAAACGGCACCAGGCUAAGGAGCAAGUCGCUGUGCAAAAACCAGCCUCCUCCCCAGUGGGAUCAGUGGCUGAGUCCCGCAGCCUCGAGGGUCCCGCAGCCUCGAGGGUCCCGCAGCCUCCAGAGUCCCGCAGCCUCGAGGGUCCCGCAGCCUCCAGAGUCCCGCAGCCUCCAGGGUCCCGCAGCCUCGAGGGUCCCACAGCCUCCAGAGUCCCGCAGCCUCGAGGGUCCCGCAGCCUCCAGAGUCCCGCAGCCUCCAGGGUCCCGCAGCCUCGAGGGUCCCGCAGCCUCCAGAGUCCCGCAGCCUCCAGGGUCCCGCAGCCUCGAGGGUCCCGCAGCCUCCAGAGUCCCGCAGCCUCGAGGGUCCCGCAGCCUCCAGAGUCCCGCAGCCUCGAGGGUCCCGCAGCCUCCAGAGUCCCGCAGCCUCGAGGGUCCCGCAGCCUCCAGAGUCCCGCAGCCUCCAGGGUCCCGCAGCUUCGACAGGGGCAUCCCAAUGCCCUGGCAGGAAGGCAGGCUCUGGCCAGUGUGCAGGCCUUUGCAGGGGUCCCUGAGACAGGACAGGCCCUACGUCACUUGUUCAUUUAUUCACUCCUUUAUUAAUUUACUCACAGCAAAUAUUCAUCUAUAACACAUAUUUAUUUACCGCCUACUAUUGCCAGUUUCAUGACAGAGUGAAGAGAAGAAAAAACAAAAUAUCAAGCAUCCAAAAAACACAGCCAACCUGUGCAGCCCCGGACGGUGUAUCCUCCUAGAAGCAGCAGGGACCAGUAUCCACACAGCCCAACCCUCCAGCGUCCAGCUGAAGACAGAACCGCGCCUGCUCCAGGGCAGGCCAUUUCCUCGGCCUCCCUGGGAGGUCUGAAAAACCAGCGGCCGCUGCCGCCGGCCUCCCCUCUGCCUGAGCCUGGAUGUGAAAACUCUUAGGCCCCCUUCCCUAUUUAUGAAGCUGAGGCGAGGCCGCACUGGGCAGUGAGGAGGCACCCAUGGUAACAGCCACAGGGGCUGGACAGGCCUCUCUGCCUCCCCAUCCUGGUCCCUUCACCUGGCGAGGCAGCAGCUUCCCUGCCUGUUCCUGAGUCUGCCGUGGGAGCCCUGCCUGCAACUCCCUGUGCAUCCACAGGUGUGGGCUGGACGGUGAAUCGGGCAGGGAUUUCUGGGGGUGUGGCUCUCCACAGUCUCGUGCCUGGUCUUCUCCCUCUCUCUCCAUCCACGUGCCGGCCCGGGCCCUGGAGUGAUGGGUCAGCAGGUGUCCGAUGUCGUGCUGUUCGCUUAAUGCACUGAAUAAAA